AUGCCGCCUCAACCCCAAUCCAAAAGCGGGGGACUUUCGCUGUACGCAAACCUUCUCGAUCCAGCUUCCGAGAGCUCUACAGCUCCGGGGACGAUAGCCAAAGCCCCGGUACUCUUCACGCAGAGCUCUGAAGGGGGCAUAGAUACAGACGAAACUUCUGCAGAUAAGCAACAAAAAAGUGCCGCAUCUUUGCGAUUCCAACCCAUCAAGAGACCGCAGUUACCAAAUCAGAAGCCAAAGGCAAAACCCGCAUUCCCUAAGCCAGCAUCAACACCCUCCGCGACGGGUUAUACGACUGCUGCAACAACUUCGUCUACGCGCCUACAGGUCAAGACCACCCUCGCCGAUUGGGCCUCGACGGCCGAUGACGACGAUGUGAACGGUUUUUAUGGGCAGGAAAAACGACAACGUGGAGGUCGCAAGAAGCGGAAGAAGAACCGAGAUGGACCAGAAAUGAUUACAAACUGGGACGACAUCUACGAUCCAUCCAGGCCCAACAAUUAUGAGGAAUAUAAACGAAGCGAUGAAAAAAUACGAGAAGUGAGAGAAUGGAAAGAUCGGCUGUAUGCGCAUCGUAUGGCUAGGCGACGCAGCAAUGACUACGAUAGUGACGAUGAAUCUCCGCUGCCACGGAACCGGCAAUUCGCUCCUCCUUCCUAUAACUUUGCGCCGCCGGCCAACCUCAAUGACACGUCGAAGGUAUUGUCCAACGACAGUGGUGAAGAUGUCUACGCACAGCGGUUCCAGAGGACUAGAGAACAAGACCAUGAAGUGGACAUGGAAGAUAUAGAUUACCAACCUCCGCCUCCGCCGGCCGCUAUACCAAAUGAAGCUACAGGAGACGAUGCCUAUGCGCGAAGGCUCCAGAUGAGCCAGCAACCACCGCCUCCUCCGCCUCCGGAACAACCCCAAGUUCCUAGCAAACCGUCAAUGUCGGCCUUUCAACCUGCUUCGGCGACGAUAUCGCGCGCACCGGUACGGUAUACAUUACCUCCUGCCCCAGAAGAUAUACCAGCGACAGAAGAGGAGCUCGAGGCUGUUUUCGCCGAGGAAGAGCCGGUACAGGAUGAAGGAGAGGAAGCCCCUCGCUCCCUACGGCCAGGACAAAAAGGCUUCGCUGAACGUCUCAUGGCAAAAUAUGGCUGGACCAAGGGGUCUGGUUUGGGUGCUACCGGCACCGGAAUUGUCAACGCGUUACAAGUGAAAGUAGAGAAGUCAAAGAAGAAACCGGAUUCAGAAGGCGGAGGCUUUGCAACACCUGCAGGUCGUGGCAAGAUUAUCGCUAGCAAGAAGAAGAACGAGGAAGAAGGAAAGUUCGGGCCAAUGAGUGAAGUUAUUGUACUAUACGGCAUGCUAGACGGUAUGGAUUUGGCGAACGAAUUGGACAACAGCCAAGGGGGCGGUCUCAUGCAGGAGAUAGGCGAAGAAUGCAACGAAAAGUAUGGCCGUGUCGAAAGAGUCUUCGUACACCGGGAAAGCAAUGACCCAAUUCCAGUGUUUGUCAAAUUCACUGCUCAAUUAUCAGCUUUACGAGCUGUCAACGCGUUGGAAGGACGGAUAUUCAAUGGAAAUAAGAUUACUGCCAAAUUCUAUGACACCGAGAAGUUUGAAAAGGGUGUAUAUCAAUAG